AUGAUGUGCAACACACAGAAAACUCUGAACAUCGAGCCCUUGGGCCACAUGGGCAGGUGGACAGAGGAGUGUCACGAGAAGCUUCUACGUGACCUGCAAGCACCUAAGGGCCAUGUUCGGGGACGCAAGCGUCGUGACCAGCUGGCCAUCCUGGACGCAAACACCCAGGACCCGCUGCCAAUCCAAGACGCCCCAGUCCAGCAAGAGCAGCAGUUGGCCGAGGACCACCAGGGGACCUCCGAAAAGGAUGAGGGCAUGUCCGAGGACCACCAUGGGAUCUCCGAAAAGGAUGAGGGUGUGUUUGAGGACCAGCAGGGUGUCUCCAAAAAGGAUGAGGGUGUUUCCGAGGACAACCAUGGGAUCUCCGAAAAGUAUGAGGACGUGUCUGAGGACCAGCAGGGUGUUUCCAAAAAGGAUGAGGGUGUUUCCGAGGACCACCAUGGGAUCUCCGAAAAGGAUGAGGACGUGUCUGAGGACCAGCAGGUGAUCUCCGAAAAGGAUGCGGGCCUCUCCAGUCAAGAGCCACCCCACCAAGACCAAGACAUGCCUGAGAAUAAUCAAGGUCACUCUGAGGACUCAGGCGACGACUCCUCCUCUUCAAGCUCGUCGUCUUCAGAUUCAUCUACGCCCACACGAGCUCACAAUGAGAGUGUCUCCGCGCAACUCGAGCUCAAGGAGCUUGAGUUGCAAGAGGCUCACGCUCGCAUUGAGAUCUUGGAGGGUGACAUUCAACAAUAUGAGUGCGAACUUGAAGAGCUUAGGGCACAUUUGGCUGAGGAGCGUGCCUCAAAGAGGGCCAGGAAGUAG